GCACGCACGCACACACGCGCACACAAGCACACACACGUCAUUUUAUUCGGACGCUGGCCAGCUAGCAUACAAUGUUUUCCGCCACAACCGUGCUUAUUAGACGCACCCGUGUUGAUCGUCGCGCCAGACUGCUCCACUCCUCUGCUUUCUUCAACAUGCCUAUUCAGGUGGGUGAAAGUCUUCCUGCCGUGGAAGUCCAAGAGGGUGAGCCAGGAAAUAAGGUGGCAAUGAAUCAGCUCUUCAAGGGAAAAAAGGGCAUCCUCUUUGCUGUACCAGGAGCUUUCACCCCUGGUUGCUCCAAAACUCACCUCCCAGGUUAUGUGCAGCAGGCAGCAGACUUGAGGACUAAAGGCAUACAAGAGGUGGCCUGUGUUUCUGUGAACGAUGCAUUUGUCAUGGCUGCCUGGGGGAAGGAGCACGGCACAGAUGGCAAGAUUCGAAUGUUGGCUGAUCCAACUGGAGCAUUUACAGAGGCUGUGGACUUGUUACUUGAUAGUGAUCAAAUCGUGCAAGCACUUGGAAACAAGCGUUCUAAGAGAUAUGCUAUGUUGGUUGAAGAUGGAGUUGUGAAGAAGAUCAAUGUGGAGCCUGAUGGCACUGGGUUGACGUGCAGCUUGGCGCCCAUUAUUCUCUCUGAGCUGUAGGCUUGUUGACGUUUUUUUUUUUUGCAAAUUCUAAAAGUUGCAUUCACCGUUCCGAAUUCUCGUCCCAAAGAGUACAGUAAAUGUUACACAGAUUCUUGUCUCUAAAGAAAAUGCGCACAAAUAUGACCUGCAAUGCCAACAACAGUGUAAUAUGUCACUUACUUUGAGUAAUAAUAAAAUGUAUUUCUAAAGCAGUAA